UAAUUCAAUGGACCGAUGCCUCGCUCUUUUUCUUGUUGGGCCAGAAAACGUGCGCUGCGCAUUUUCCAGCGUUUUUUUUUAUACCGUCGCCCACCAUGAGCCAGAUGACCCAGAAAACGGUGCAAUUCCACGAGCUGGAGCUGGAUCAGCGCAUCCUUAAGGCGGUGGCCCAGCUGGGUUGGCAGCAGCCCACACUUAUCCAGUCGACGGCGAUACCGCUGCUUCUGGAGGGCAAGGAUGUGGUGGUGCGCGCCCGCACCGGAUCCGGCAAGACUGCCACCUACGCCCUGCCACUGAUUCAGAAGAUCCUUAACUCCAAACUGAACGCCAGCGAGCAGUAUGUGAGCGCUGUGGUCCUGGCGCCCACCAAGGAGCUAUGCCGGCAGUCCCGUAAGGUGAUCGAGCAGCUGGUCGAGUCCUGCGGCAAGGUUGUACGCGUGGCGGACAUUGCCGAUAGCUCCAACGACACGGUGACCCAGCGGCACGCCUUGUCUGAAAGUCCCGACAUUGUGGUUGCCACACCCGCCAAUUUGCUGGCCUACGCCGAGGCUGGUAGCGUGGUGGAUCUGAAGCAUGUGGAGACCUUGGUGGUGGACGAGGCGGAUCUGGUGUUUGCCUAUGGCUACGAAAAGGACUUCAAGCGGUUGAUUAAGCACCUGCCUCCCAUCUACCAGGCUGUCCUAGUCUCCGCUACUCUAACCGACGAUGUGGUGCGCAUGAAAGGCCUGUGCCUGAACAACCCGGUUACGCUUAAACUCGAGGAGCCGGAGUUGGUGCCGCAAGAUCAGUUGUCGCACCAGCGCAUUCUGGCUGAGGAAAACGAUAAACCGGCUAUCUUGUACGCCUUAUUGAAGCUGAGACUCAUACGCGGCAAGAGCAUAAUCUUUGUGAACAGCAUCGAUCGGUGUUACAAGGUUCGAUUGUUCCUAGAGCAGUUCGGCAUCCGUGCCUGUGUCUUGAACUCCGAGCUGCCUGCCAACAUUCGCAUCCACACAAUUAGCCAGUUCAACAAGGGCACCUACGACAUAAUCAUUGCCUCCGACGAACAUCAUAUGGAAAAGCCAGGAGGCAAAUCAGCGACUAACCGAAAAUCUCCUCGAAGCGGCGACAUGGAGUCGAGUGCUUCCCGCGGCAUUGACUUUCAGUGCGUGAACAACGUAAUCAACUUCGACUUCCCCAGGGAUGUCACGUCUUAUAUCCAUCGGGCUGGCAGGACGGCUAGAGGAAAUAACAAGGGCUCCGUCUUGUCCUUUGUCAGCAUGAAGGAGUCCAAGGUAAACGAUUCAGUUGAGAAGAAACUGUGCGAUAGUUUUGCAGCCCAAGAGGGCGAACAGAUCAUCAAGAACUACCAGUUUAAAAUGGAAGAAGUUGAGUCCUUCCGUUAUCGUGCUCAGGAUUGCUGGCGGGCCGCAACUCGCGUAGCUGUUCACGACACUCGAAUUCGAGAGAUAAAGAUAGAGAUCCUCAACUGCGAGAAACUAAAGGCAUUUUUCGAGGAGAACAAACGCGAUCUGCAAGCGCUUCGGCACGACAAGCCUCUGCGCGCCAUCAAGGUACAGAGUCAUCUCUCUGACAUGCCCGAGUACAUAGUGCCAAAGGCCCUGAAGCGAGUGGUUGGAACGUCCUCUUCCCCUGUCGGAGCCUCGGAAGCCAAACAGCCACGACAGUCGGCCGCCAAGGCUGCCUUCGAGCGGCAGGUCAAUGAUCCUCUGAUGGCUAGCCAGGUGGACUUCGGGAAACGGCGUCCUGCCCACCGGAGAAAAAAGAAGGCGUUGUAGGGUAGCAAAUGGUAUCUAUAGUCGCAUUAGUCAAUAAGGAAAUAAAGUUAAUAUUGUUAAUGUAAGCCAAACAUAAAAGCGGCCGUUGAAGAUGUUUGGAAUUUUAAAAAUGUUAUUUUACCCUAAAUUAGAAAUGAGUAAAAUUAAACGAAAAAUAUACCUAUGUUGGAGAUAGCUGCAGAUUGACAAACCCAGGUUAUUUUCUUUAUAUAUAUGAAAAUUCUGUUAAUUUAGAAUUUUGUAAUAGGGCUGUAAAAAUAACCAAUUGCACAUGCACAUUAACAAUGUAGUUUGUUAACUCUAUCGAUGAUAUAUAUAUAUUUAUUUGCAUGCCCGCC